AUACAUUUUUACAAAGUAGUAUGCACAAUCGUAGCACAAAUGUAAGUAAGGUUGCCUAUACUUGAUCACUUUAUGAUAUUUUAAGGUUUAUUGUUUAGUUCGUGCACUAAAUAGGGUAAUAAUAAAUCUAAAGCAAAAUAGAGAUAAAGAAACAUAUUAUUUCCACAUGGUUUUAAAUAAUUCGUCGCUAGUUCUCUUUGGCAAUAUUUUGCCUUCCUAUACCGUUUGACAUGACGUUGGAAGACCCUUUUUUCGUUGUUAAAGAAGAAGUAUUUCGCGCCUUAAAUAAAACCAGAGGAUUGUAUCAACGCUGGCUGGAAAUACAAAAUAACUCAAUUUGCAUCACCAAAGAUGAAACUGAGUGGAUGAACAAUGAAUUAAAAAAUUCUUUGAGAAGUAUAGAAUGGGAUUUGGAGGACUUGGAAGACACAAUAAAUAUUGUUGAAAAAAAUCCUACAAAAUUUAAAAUCGAUAAUAAGGAAUUGACUGCAAGGAAACAUUUUAUAAAUUCAACAGUUGCGGAAGUAAAUCUCAUGAAAGAAAAAAUUAACAUGAACAGAAAUAGAGAUAGGGACCGCACUGCACGUCAACCGCUUUUAGAGAGUAGUCCAGCACAUGUUACUACUACACAUGGAACAACGAAAUAUUCAAAGUUGGAAAAUGAUGUUGAUAGUCCGCAAAGAAAUUUUAUCGCGGACUCUUUAUCCCAUCAGCAAAACAUGCUGAGACAUCAGGAUGAUCAAUUGGACAAUAUCAGUAAUUCGGUGGGAUCUUUGAAGAGGAUUUCGCAGCAUAUUGGUAUCGAAAUCGACGAACAAGCAGGGAUGUUAGACGAUUUUGGUACCGAGUUGGAAGGUACAGAAUCUAAACUGGAUUCUACGAUGAAAAAGGUUGCCAAAGUUUUACACAUGUCAAAUGAUCGUAGUCAGUGGACCGUUAUAAUAGUUUUAGUUAUCAUUUUAUUGAUUGUGAUAAUUUUAUUCAUAGUCCUGUGAUUUUAUUUUUAAGUGGAAACACUACGUCAAAAAUAUUGAAAAUCUAAUCAAAUGUCCGAAAUAAUACAAUUUUUAUUAAUUAAUUAUUAAAAAAUGCUUUAAAACGAUGUUUUAAAGUUAUAAACUAAUGAAGAUAGUAACUAUUUAUUUAAAUACCUGUAAAGUAUCACAUUAAUGUUUAAAAGCAAGAGUGACUUAUAGAAAAGGCAUUAUCAUUCUCUUUAAGUUUAUUAUAUAAAAAAAAUAAUGCAAAAGUCAACAAUUAUAUGUUGUUAUAUUAUACUGUAUAUGAUUCCUAAACAACUAAUUUUAGAAUAUAAUAAGAAUAUUUUUUUUACCUUUAUUAUUAUUAUAUUUUUUCGAUUGUUUUUUUAAGUGUUUGAAGUUGUUUUUUCAAUCUUGGACAUUUGAUUAAAAUUUCAGACCCCUCACGUAUAUUUUAAGAUGUUUUUACGUACAACAUAAGUACCCCACUUAUUAUUAAUGUACAGGGAUCAAAUAAGUUGUGUCUGUACAUUUUGUUGUAACAGUUUUGCCAAUAUUAAGUACCUAUUUAUUAUAUAUAUCCCCACAGCAAUUGUAUUUUUUAUGUAAGUUCAUACAUAUGUAAUUCUAGAAUGUGAUCUACCGUAACAUAAUAUAAAAACAAAUAAAGAAAAACUAGAGCGAUAUGUUAAACAUAAGUAGUACAAAUUUUAAACGCAAUACAUUUAUUGCUACCAAUUGAAGCCUUUACAGGUUCGUUAACAGUUACUAGAUUUUUAUGGUGCCAUUUAGCCAUUAAUGAAAGGGUUGUAUUUUAACUACCUGCAAUUCUGUUUUUUAGUACGUUUUGUUGUUUGAUUUUUAUUAUAUACGUAAUUCAGAAAAUGCAUUGUAAUUGUACGUACUAUAUAAAAAUAUAUAAAGUAUUUAAUACA